AUGAACAAUUCCACGAUCGACGCUCAUAUUGUACAAUGUACCUGGAACAACACGGCCAUAUUUGGAUUAUUUGUUUUCAUUUCCGGCCUUCUCACUAACGGCACCGUCGUCCUGGCCCUCCUCAGUCGACACGCGAUAUGGUCACCGUUUAUGGUGUACGUCUUUAAUUUAUUCUGUGCCAAUAUUCUCCAGUCGUUUACCGGGGCGCUGCUGGAUUUUAUUAAUUCUUAUUGCUCGGUUUGGUUCCUCGGCCGGACGUUGUGCUUCGUGUAUAAUUAUGGAGAAUGGACAGCGGCCAUCCUGCAGAUGCUCUGCCAUCCGUUGAUCGCUCUUAACCGCAUAACGGCCAUCUACGCACCGGUGUUUUACCGACACACUCACACCUACCGAAACGCGAUAUUAUUGUGCGUGUUAACGUGGCUGUUGGCGCAUAUUAUCACGCUACCCAUGCUCAUUAUCAACACCGCUGUCGAUGUACGGGAUGUCUGUCAUGUGGACCUAAACGAGCCGGUGCAGAAAUGGUGGGCGUUCGUGCUGGAUGUGGUGUGCGUGCUCUGCAUCGGUAUGGUCGCCGUGUGCUUUCCGGUUGUGUAUGUGAAAUAUCGCCGAUCGCGUUUGCAUAGCAUGCGCGUCCGACCAAUCAAACCGGAUAACGCGUCGGACCAAUCCAAUCGGCUUGAUAUCGGUGUUAUAGGAGACGCUUUAUCGCGUUCCCAAAUGUUUUUGCUACUGCUUCUAACGAUCAGCACCCUGAUAUUAUGGACACCGGGCAACCUUUACGCACUGUUGUCUGCAAUCAACUUGUGGGCGGAUCCGGCCGCCGAAGCCAUCAUUAUUCCCUUGUUCGCCAUGCAAGCCAUCUUGGAUCCCAUUAUAUUUAUCCUCAGUCUGCCUCCCUUACGGAUGACCGUCAGAAAUUUCUUCAGGUGCAAUGAUUCAGCUCACAGUCAGUUGAAAAUUUGA